AUGGUGUUACAUGACAUUAAAAAUGGUCGUAUGGUCCGCAUGAUUCAUUACGUAUCGUGGCCGGAUCAUGACGCUCCUAAAGAUGUUCACAGUAUGGUGGAAAUUUUAUCUGAAGUUGAAGAUUCACAGAGAGCUGCUGAUGUAAAGGGACCUGUCAUUGUUGUGUGCAGUGAUGGAGCAGGUCGACCUGGAACCUAUAUUGCUAUCUCAAAUCUUGUCGACCGAGUCAAAAUUGUCCAAGCGAUGGAUGCGUUCCAAUGUAUUAAGCUGAUCCGGAAUAGACGCCCGCAGUUCGUCGAAACAGCGGAUCAAUUCAAACUCUGCUACCGUGCAGUGAACUGCGUAUUGGAGUUGUCGACGACUACUCAGAUUUCUCGGAAAUAG